AUGUACCACUCGGUUGUUCUCUUCGCCGUCCUGGCCUCGAUCGUCCAGGGCGCCACUCUCCCCUUCAUGUUCCGCCGCGCCGGGUUGGUUUCUCAGCCAGCCCUCGCCCAGCGUGACGCCGACGACAGCCCUGCCUCUUCUCAGCGCCUGGUGCGCCGCCGCAGGCAGUGGGGCGGUGACGAUGGAAGCUGGAACGCUGACAAGUGGGGCUGGAAGGGCGAUGGUUCGAAGCCCAGCAACAGCAACAACAACGCGCCAACCCAGUCGUCAACUCCACCUACCGAGAACUCUGGACCAUGGCAGCACGUCGACACCAUCCAGGGCGCCAACUUCUUCGACUCCAAGUACUGGAACUGGUGGCAGUGGGACGACCCGACCCACGGAGACGUGCGGUACGUCGACUCCGGCGUCGCAUGGGACAACGGCCUCGUCUCGGUCAACUCGGCGGGCCGUGCAAUCAUGCGCGUCGAGACUACCGAAAAGGUUGAUCGUGCACGCAUGUCGGUCCGCAUCCACAACAACCGCGUCUGGACGGGCGGCAUGGUCAUGAUGGACGCCGUUCACAUGCCCGUUGGAUGCGGCACUUGGCCAGCCUGGUGGCAGAACGGACCCAACUGGCCCGAGGGCGGCGAGAUCGACAUUCUCGAGGGUGUCAACGCCUUCACCAAGAACCAGGUUUCGCUGCACUCUGGCCGCGGGUGCACCAUGCCCAACAACCUUGAGAACAACCAGCUCGGCAAGAUGACGACUGGCGGCUUUGAUUCGUUUGACUGCUCGUCGGCCAACACGGGAAACCAGGGCUGCGGCGUGCACGACCAGUCGACGCAGUCGUAUGGUGACGGCUUCAACGAGAUCGGUGGCGGCGUCUACGUCCUCGCCUGGCAGAAGUCGGGUAUCACCGCCUGGUUCCACCCCCGUUACAACAUCCCUGCCGACAUUACGAACAACAACCCCAACCCCGCGAACUGGGGCACUCCGGUGGCUCACUUCCCCUCGUCUUCGUGCAGCCCCUACCAGUUUUUCUACGACCACUUCAACAUCUUUGACACGACGCUCUGUGGCGACUGGGCCGGUGCCGACUCUGUCUGGCACCAGUCCGGCUACGCCGGCCAGGACCGGAGCUGCGCGGCUAUUACCGGCUACAACUCGUGCAUCGACUAUGUCCGCAACAACGGACACGCGUUCAACAACGCGUUCUGGGAGGUCAACUACAUCAAGUACUUCAACUCGACCGAGCUUGUCUAA